GAAGCCGGCGGGCAGGCAUGGCGGGCUGGUGGCGGGCGCUUCCGCGCGCGGCCGGGCUCUACCCGUGGCCCACCAACGUGCUGCUCUACACCGGGCUCUUCUCCGCCGGCGAUGCGCUGCAGCAGCGGUUGCGGGGCGGCCCGGCUGACUGGGGCCAGACGCGGCGCGUGGCCACGCUGGCCGUGACCUUCCACGGCAACUUUAAUUACGCGUGGCUGCGCCUGCUGGAGCUGGCGCUGCCGGGCCGCGCACCGCGCGCCGUCCUUACCAAGGUGCUGUGCGACCAGCUACUUGGAGGGCCCAUCGCGCUCUCAGCCUUCUACGUUGGUAUGAGCAUUCUCCAGGGACAAGAUGACAUAUUCUUAGACCUGAAGCAGAAAUUUUGGAACACAUAUAAGAGUGGUCUGAUGUACUGGCCUUUUGUGCAGCUGACCAACUUCAGCCUCAUUCCUGUGCACUGGAGAACAGCUUACACUGGACUCUGUGGUUUCCUCUGGGCCACCUUCCUUUGCUUUUCCCAGCAGACCGGGGAUGGCACAUUGAAGUCAGCCUUUAUUCUCCUCCGUACCAAGGCAGCUGGUGCAGUUGAGAGACCUCCAGAGAAGUGAGAAAUCGAGGACUCCUUUAACAGGCCCAAGGUUUUUUCCCCCUAAAGUGCACUGGAUUGCCUACAGAGAAAAUACUUGAUUUACCUGUUAUGUGGUUCAUUUUGAAGAGUUACUGUUCCCUAGACCUACUUGUUUUUUAAUUAUAUUAUUAUUAUUAUUGUUACUUUGUUUUUUAAAGGCAGGGUCUUGCCAUAUAUU